AUGAGCUUCACCUAUCCCGUCCUCGACACCCGCCCGCUCACGCCGCACGUGCACUCCCAGUGCGCGGCGUGCAGCGCGCCGUUCGAGUUCGACGUGCCCGCGCCGGCGCCGCGUCCCGGAACGCUGCUGCAGAUCCGAUGCUUCAAGUGCGGCAAGGUCGAACGACACGCGUUUUACCCCGGGCAGGUCGCGGGCCCGAGCGGGAGCGCCGCAGGGAGCUACGAGAAGGCGGGGGCGGGCGAGAGGACGAGCAUGGGAACUGGGGCAGGGGCGGGUAAGGCGGCGGCGAGGAGGGGGAGGAAGAUCGGGACGCAGGAGAAUCCGCUCGAGACGGGGUACUACGAUCUGCUCGGCGUGUCAGUGCUCGCGACGGAUGAAGAGAUCAAGAAGGCGUAUCGACGGCUGGCGAUCAAGCAUCACCCGGAUAAGAACCGGGACGACCCCCUCGCGGAGGAACGCUUCAAGGAGAUCGCGAUCGCGUACCAAACGUUAUCCGACCCUGCGCUGCGCAAGAAGUACAACGAGUUUGGGUCGAAGGAGAGCGCGCCCGAGGGCGGCUUCGUCGAUCCGGAGGAGGUGUUCGGCGCUAUGUUCGGAGGCGAGAAGUUCGUGCCGAUCAUCGGACACAUCAGCCUUGCGCGGGAUAUGAAGACGGCUCUGCAGGAGGCGGAGGAGGUUGACGAGAACGGGAACCCCAAGGAGGUGCAACGCGACGCGAAGGGGAAGGAAAUACUCACGCCCGAGGAGAAGGCGAAGAAGGAAGAGAAAGAACGUAAGGUCGCAGCCGAGGUGAGUCGCAACUUUGCGUUUAAAGCGGCCGCGCGGAAGGAGCGCGUGGACAAGCUCGUGGAUAAUCUGGAGCGCAAGCUCGCCAUUUUUGCGGAGCAGGCGCAAGGGCCGGAGGACCCCGAGGUCACGCGCAGUUGGCGGACGAUAUGUUCUAUCGAGGCAGAGCAGUUGAAGGAUGAAUCCUAUGGCGUGGAACUGCUCCAGGUCAUCGGAUUCACUUACGUCGCUAAGGCGAAGCAAUACCUCGCGAGCCAUACGACGUGGAUGGGCGUGGGCGGCUGGCUGCACAACGUGCAGGGCAAAUACCACGUCUUCAGUGAAACGGUAUCGACACUUCGGUCGGCGAUCGAGUUGAAGGGCGUGUUCGACCAGAUUCAGGCGGCGGAGAAGGCGGGCAACCUCUCUCCUGAAGAACGUCGUAAGCUCGAGGAGCAGGCUGCCGAGAAGGGCCUCCAGGCUCUAUUCAAGGGAGCGAAGCUGGAGAUCGAGUCCAUCCUUCGCGAGACGUGCGAGCGCGUGCUCGACGAUCAGUCCGUGCCGCCGUGGAAACGCCAGCUGCGCGCCGUCGCGCUGCAGAUUAUGGGCGAGGCAUACAUGGCGGUGCGGAAGGAAGGCGAGGAAGGCGACACGGAGAACGAGUACGUGAGGAUUGAGACGAAGGCGAGCCGGGAAAGGGACAGUAGGAGGAGCAGCAAGCAGGGCUGA